AGGCUGGUGUCAGUUCACUUGAUUGUUACAUCCAAAAUGUUUCCAUGGUCAAGACGACACCUUCAAAGAAAAGGUAUUUCAAUUGCACAUUGCAAGCGAAAGAUGAUCCAGUCAAAGCAGUGUGCUACUCCCCUGAUAAGCAUUCUGAAUUACAAACUGUGGCAAAGACAAGAAGUCCAAUUAAACUUCAAAACUUCAAAAAAACUGACUCUAGCAAAGACAUUGUCAUCACCAAAUUUACUAAAAUUACUCCUCUCAGCAAAGCUGAUGUUGGCUUCAGUUUUGAAGAGAACAUGACAGUCAAGUCAGCUGAUGCAGUGGUUAACAUAUCAUCCAUAACCAAACUUGCUCCAGAACAGUUAAUCUCUGUAACAGGGCCUUUUUUAACAUACAAGCUGGGGGGGGGCAAAUGCCCCGCCAGUCCCCCCUUGUGCCCCCCCACGAAAUCACAUUUUGCCCCCCCAGGAAAAGUCCCUUUUCCCUAAAAUUAUAGAAACAAACCAGCGAAGAUUAACAAAUACAUAAACGGAAAGUAAGUUUUAGGCUUUAUCCUUUGUCCUUGUUUAACAAAAUCGAUUUAAAUUGUUACUUUUUUCUACCACUAAGUAAUGAUAAAUUAUUGUUAAUAUUUUUUUUAUUUUUUGGAUGCUCAGAAUGCAGGAAAUAGCAUUUCCGGGUUUCAAAUUUCAAAAAUUUUCUGGGGAUUAAUUUUCUAUAGUUGGCCUAAAUUUUGGAGCAAAUUUGGAUGCUCAGAAUGCAGGAAAUGACAUUUCCGGGAUUCAAAUUUAAAAAAUUUUCUGGGGGAAUACUCCCCCAGACCACCCCCCAUUCAUGAGUGGUAUAUUGGCGACACACGUGGCCUUCAGCCAUUGCUACCCCCCUCUAAUAUAUUAUAUCACAGAAAAGUCCCUUUUCAAAAAAUGCCCCCCCCCCCACGGGAAAAUCCUUAAAAAAGGCCCUACUCUGUAAAGGCUCAAGUUGUAAGUGUGUCUGGUGUUAAAAAAAUUACACUGCCUCAAUCUAAUGAUACCACCAAACUAUCAAAACAAGAAUUAGUUAUAAGAGAUACAACAGCAUCAAUCCGAGUAGUGUUAUGGGGAAAAUAUGUCAAUGCUGUUCAACCAAAAGUCACAUAUUUGUUCAAACACUUGCGUGUGAAAGGAACCAAAUUCGAAAAGUACCUCAACACACCAAAAACCGAUCCAUUUAUUUUGGAAGAGUGCGAAGAAUUCCAGCAACCCCUUGUUGAAGUAGAUGAUGAAAUAAUCACAUCGUCAACCAUUAACGCAACUAUCCUUGGUAUCCAAGAUGCAACCAGCAUCAACGCAUGUGUGUCUUGCCACAGACCAGUUAUUCAGAAAGGCAACUCCUCACCACUUGGUGUGUGUCAGUCCUGUCACUUAACACAGCCACUUUCAAAGUGUUCUGUCCAGUGGACCCUAAAAGUACGAGUCCUGACCACUGCCCUACCCAGUAACAAAUUGCUGCUCACAAUGUCCCAUGAUACUGUUGAAGAUCUGAUGCUUUUCAUAAAUCCAAUACUCAACCUAGCUACUAUAUCGGAGGAUGAGCUGGUAAUUUCCAUUUUAGAAGCUGAAAAAGUAAUUCAAUUUACGUAUGACAAUUUUAAUAAAGUGACAGCUAUAGAGCUUGUAUGA